AUGCUAACACUCGGCGAUAGGAACACAAUCAAAGGUGCGCUGUGGACGAUCGUGGCGCGGUUCCGCCCGCAAAACAAGAUCGAACUCGCCAGCGGGGGAGAGCCCAUAGUCGACUUCAAUUCCGAGGACACAUGCACGAUCCAGUCCAAAGAGGCCGCGGGGGCCUUCACCUUCGACCGCGUGUUCGAUAUGGCCUCGCGCCAGGCCGAUGUCUUCGACUACUCCAUCCGCUCGACCGUUGACGAUAUCCUGAACGGCUACAACGGCACGGUCUUUGCCUACGGUCAGACUGGUGCUGGAAAGUCCUACACCAUGAUGGGAAGCGAUAUUGACGACGAAGCCGGAAGAGGUGUUAUUCCACGUAUUGUCCAGCAGGUCUUUGCGAACAUCAUGGCAUCGCCAAGCAAUAUCGAGUACACCGUCCGGGUCAGUUACAUGGAAAUUUACAUGGAGCGCAUUCGAGAUCUGUUAAUGCCGCAAAACGACAACCUGCCGGUGCAUGAGGAAAAGAACAGAGGUGUCUACGUCAAAGGAUUACUCGAAGUCUACGUUGCAAGCGAGGACGAGGUUUACGAGGUCCUGCGAAGAGGUGGCACAGCCCGUGCGGUUUCAGCAACAAACAUGAACGCAGAAUCUUCCCGUUCGCAUUCCAUCUUCGUCGUUACUGUUUCGCAGAAGAAUGUGGAGACCGGAUCACAAAAGAGUGGCCAGCUUUUCUUGGUGGAUCUGGCUGGUUCGGAGAAGGUUGGAAAGACAGGAGCAAGUGGACAGACGCUGGAGGAAGCGAAGAAGAUCAACAAGAGUUUGAGUGCCCUGGGCAUGGUCAUCAACUCCCUCACGGACGGCAAAUCCUCGCAUAUUCCUUAUCGAGACUCCAAGCUCACACGUAUCUUACAAGAAUCGCUUGGAGGUAAUUCCCGGACAACGCUCAUCAUCAAUUGCUCGCCGAGUAGCUACAACGAUGCGGAAACUCUGAGUACCUUGAGGUUCGGUAUGCGCGCCAAGUCGAUCAAGAACAAGGCCAAGAUCAACGCAGAACUCAGCCCAGCGGAGCUCAAAGCAAUGCUGAAGAAGGCCCAGGGACAAGCGACCACUUUCGAGAACUAUAUUGCGGCACUUGAAAGCGAGGUCUCUAUGUGGCGUGGUGGCGAAACGGUACCCAAAGAGAGGUGGAUACCAGCUCUGGACAAUGGCACAAGUACUAGCAAGAGACCGCCUUCAGCACCACGUGCUGGAACACCAUCAAGGCUAGACGCAACAAAGAGCUCGGAAGCACCAUCACGACCGGAUUCAAGAAUGGAUCUCGACCGUGCGGGUACACCGAGCAUACCGCUUGAAAAGGACGAGAAGGACGAGUUCCUGAAGCGAGAGAACGAGUUGCAAGACCAGAUCGCGGAGAAGGAGUCCCAACUUGCCAAGGUUGUGGACCAACUCACCACUGCAAAGGACGAGCUACAGUACUACAAGGAUCGCGACUCCAAGACAAACAAAGACAACGAGCGGAUGACAUCUGAGCUCAACGAGAUGAAAAUGCAGGUUGAGAAGAUCCAGUUUGAGAGCAAGGAGGCCCAAAUCUCUAUGGAUGCUCUCAAGGAGGCCAACGCGGAACUCACAGCUGAGCUCGACGAUGUUAAGCAGCAGCUCCUGGAUGCAAAGAUGAACGCGAAGGAAACCAGUGCGGCUAUGGACGAGAAGAAGAGGAAGAAGGCCGAGGCUAUGGCACAGAUGAUGGCUGGAUUCGACCUUGGUGGCGAAGUCUUCAGCGACAACGAGCGCAGCAUACGAAGAAUCAUUGAGCAGCUUGACCAGCUGCACGAAAUGAGCUCGGCCGGCGAAGCCAUUGCUCCGGAUGCGAUACAAGAACUUCGAGAGAAGCUUGUGGAGACACAAGGCAUUGUGCGCCAAGCAGAGUUGUCGCUCACAGAGCGAAAUGAUGAAGACGACGCCCACAACAAGAGGCGUGAAGCUCUUGAGGCACGAUUCGCCGACCUUCAGAGCUCCUAUGAGCAAUUACUUGAGCAAAACUUGUCCGAGUCGGACAAGGAGGAACUCAAGUCGAAGCUGACAGAUGCCUAUGCUGCCAGGCAAGAAGGUACCGUUGAGCUCGUCGAUGAUCUCAAGAAGGAUCUAGCAAGGAGAGCCGAAGACAACACCAAGCUCAAAACAGAGAUUGAGAGCUUGCAACAGCGGAUCAAGAGUGGUGCGAUCGCUAAUGGCGUUGCCAAUGGCAUCAAUGGCAAGACUGUUCAGCAGCAGAUUGCUGAAUUCGACAACAUGAAGAAGAGCUUGAUGCGCGAUCUGCAGAACCGAUGCGAGCGUGUCGUCGAGCUUGAGAUCUCGCUUGACGAGACCCGUGAGCAGUACAACAAUGUGCUCCGGACCUCCAACAACCGCGCCCAACAGAAGAAGAUGAUGUUCUUGGAGCGCAACCUCGAGCAGUUGACCGUUGUACAGCGACAACUUGUCGAACAGAACAGCUCCCUGAAGAAGGAAGUUGCUAUUGCAGAACGCAAGCUCAUCGCUCGCAACGAGCGCAUACAGUCUCUCGAAAGUUUAUUACAAGACUCCCAGGAGAAGCUUACAGCGGCAAAUCACCGAUUCGAAGCCCAACUCACAGCCGUAAAAGAGCGUCUCGAGGCCGCCAAGGCUGGUUCGACACGUGGUCUCGGCUCACCUUCAGGGCCAGGCGCGUCGUUCGCUUUUGGCGGCGGUGUAGGCUCACGUAUCGCCAAACCUCUUCGAGGAGGCGGCGCCGUCCAAGACGGACCUGUACUUCCAGUCAUCGGCAACUUGCAGAAGCAGGACGGUGACAGCGAGGGCAACAAGGCGAAGCGUACGAGUUGGUUCUUCAACAACGGCAGGUAG